CACUCAGCGAAUCAGAUGAUCCGGCUGGGCGAACGUUAGAUUGCGUAAUUAAUAUUCAUGAGGUAAAGUCUCUCGAUCGCUCAGAUCCUCACAAACAUCGAUCAGAGCUUUAGAUCAGCUCAACCUGUUCAUCAUGGACUUCGAUCUGGCUGCAGCUGUUGGUGAUGAGAAGGUGAAGAAGUCAGAGGGCAAACAAGUGGAGGGGAUAUUUGGCCAUGGAAAGAAGGAUAAAGGCAAAGAGAAGAGCAAAGACAAGAGCGAUUCCAAGCAUAAGGAUAAAGAUAAGCACAAAGAACACAAAGAUAAAGAGCAUAAAAGCAAAGACAAGAAGAAGAAGAAGGACAAGGAGCACAAGAAGAAGGACGGUGGCAAGUCCUCGUCUUCUUCCAGCGAUUCGGACUAAAUCUCAACCGAAGGCUCAUCUGAUACCUCCACUGACAUAAUUUAAAAUCUUUAUUAUAUGAUUGUAUAAAUGCAACGUUAUGUGACGCAGGGGGGGAAUAAUCAAUAACAAAUCCCUUCAGGUCGUCGGGAGGUGUUUCGACCACAAGGUGGCGCCACUUACAAGCAUAAUUUUCAGUGCAGCACCUGAAAUAAAAACACUUACCUGCUAUUGUGUGUACAAUUGUUUUCUGAUUUAAUAAAUUCUGAUGUUUGAAAUAUCUCA